UGUGGCUUCGCCGCGCAUGCUCAGUGGGUUCGCGCGUAGUCGGAGCGGGAGCCGGGGAGGGCGAAAGGUGUAUUUUGGCGGUUCAAGGGAGAGCUGAGGUAACUGAGACCUGCCCACCUCGCAGUCCUGGAAGUUGCAAGACACAGAGACAGAAGUUAAAAUGCCUGUUUUCAAACAUCCAGAAUACCCAGAAGCGACGUUACUUCGCUUGGAAAGCUUGGUGCUUUUUCGGGAAUCUCAAGUGUCCACCUUGUUAUCAAUCUUCGGAGAGCGUCAGCAUUUGAGCUUCCCAUCCCUUUUUAUCUAUGGACACACAUCCAGUGGGAAGACUUAUGUGAUGCAGACUCUUCUGAAAACCUUAGAGCUGCCUCAUGUGUUUGUGAACUGUGUUGAAUGUUUCACUUCAAGACUACUUCUAGAAGAAAUUUUGAGACAGUUACAAAGCCUUUCCUCUAAGGAAGAACAUCCUCUUCCAUUCUGUGAUACGUUCAACGAUUUCAUACGUUUAUUUAAGCAGGCAACUAUGACACCUGAUCUGCAGAAACAAACUUUGUAUGUGGUUUUGGAUAAAGCAGAGCAGCUGAGGGAACUAGAAACAAACCUCUUGCCAGGUUUCCUUAGACUACAAGAACUGACGGAGAGAAAUGUGACUGUGGUCCUUCUUAGUGAAAUUGUGUGGGAGCUGCUUCGUCCAGCUACAGGAUGCCUUGAACCAUUGCCGUUGUUUUUUCCAGACUACAGCAUAGGACACCUGCAAAAGAUUCUGUCCCAUGACCAUCCUCCAGAGUAUUCUUUUGAUUUUUAUGCUGCAUAUAUAAAUAUUCUGCUUGGCGUUUUCUAUCCUGUCUGCCGGGACCUGAAGGAGCUCCGACAUCUAGCUGCACUCAAUUUUUCUAAGUACUGUGAGCCUGUGGUCCAGCAAAAGGCAAGUGAACGUGACACACGCAAACUUUGGAAAAAUAUUGAAUCCCACUUGAAGAAAGCUAUGCAGACUGUUUAUCUGCGGGAAAUAUCAAGCUCCCAGUGGGAACAAUUACUCCAAGAUGAUGGUGAAGCGGGGCAACUAAAAGGACUUUCAGCCCAUGCUCAUGUAGAACUUCCAUAUUAUUCCAAGUUCCUACUAAUAGCUGCAUACCUUGCUUCUUACAACCCUGCCAGGACAGAUAAGAGGUUCUUCGUUAAGCAUCAUGGAAAAAUUAGGAAGAAAAACUUUCAGAAGAAACAUGAAAAGACCAGCAGUCACCUUCUUGGGCCAAAGCCAUUCCCUCUGGACAGAUUGUUAGCAAUAUUGCAUAGCAUUGUUGAUAGCAGAGUUGCUCCAACUGCAAAUAUAUUUUCUCAGAUCACUUCCCUUGUGACGCUACAGCUCCUCUCAUUAGUAGGCCAUGAUGACCAGCUCAAUGGACCAAGAUACAAAUGCAGUGUUUCUCUAGAUUUUAUCAGAUCCAUUUCGAGGACUGUGAACUUUGACAUCAUAAAGUACUUGUAUGACUUCCUGUGAAGACCAUCUGGACACUGGGAUGACAACUAAGGCAAAUGGUGUUCCUCUAUCUACUUUAGCCAUCCAGCGAGAGGAGACUUUGGGCUCUAUUGGAUUUGUCCAAAACAGGUGCUGGCUCAGCAUGGGAUCUGAUGAAAACACUAGUUGGUCUGGAUGGAUCUGAGCUGAGGACUAUUUACCCAAGACCCUGGAGUAUUUGGAAAGAACGUGUUAAUUAUAAACAGCAGGGACCAAGCACAAUCUGUUCUGCUCUUAAUGAUGUUAUCUUAACGCUGAAAUUGCCUGAAACCCAUUUUACUAAGGAGUGUAUUUUGUGCUAUGAUGAAGGUCUCCCCCUGUGCUUUGAACAUGGCAGCAGCCUUGUUUGUAUGCCCAGUCCUUUCACUUCCUCUCCAUGGGAACCUUUUGCAUUUGUCUGCCAAAACAGCUCGGUCCUAAGGCCACCUUUUAAGAAAUUGGAAUAGAAAAUACAAUAAACUUAAAAACCAA